AUGGCGGCAGCCGACCAAGCUCCUGGGACUCCACCCGCCCAGUCUCUACCAACACGGCUGACAAGCAAACUACACCAUGAAGACCGCAUAGCAGCAGCUUUUGAACACUUUUGGGCGCAGUGGAGGGCCACACUGGCACCGACCCAAACAAUCACAACGAUUCCUCGACCACCCACUACUCCACCUGCAUGCGGGCCGCCGACGAGGCACACAGCCGGACCAAAGACUGGUACGAAGCAACAAGGGGCAAGGAGGGCUUUACCCAGUCCUAAAGCUCGCAGACCAUGCACCCGACGCUGCCAAUCAGGGCCCCGACACACUCAGAGAGCCUCCAUCCUUGGCCCGACAAAAAGCAUAAUAAGGAGGCGCACCCAUGGGGCCUAUGCUCAUCCACAGCAAAACACAACCGCAACCAACACCCAGACGGGCUUUGCCCUCACAGCAAGAGGACACCCAGAGACACCAACCCGUGACACAGCAAGGAGAGCAGAACAGCCAUCAAGCCACCAAGGAAACAUCCCUGCUACCCGAGGUACUCACGGAGGCCCAAGAAGCAAUGGCGGAGCCCCUUCAGCUCUCUCAACCCGCGACACCGAGGCCCCAAGGGACUUUCCGGCUAGUACCAUGCCACUGCCGACCACAGGAGUUGGCUGA